GAAGUGUGCUUAGCACCCGUACUGGUUUGGCGCUACGUGGAUUGGCGUGCUGCAAACCAGCUCUGGGCGGCUCUGGGUAGGUUGUGGUUCUGCUGGGUGCAGAACCCUGACUUCUGGUGAGCGUGACGACGGUGGUUCUCGCUCCUUCCUGGGAGCCUGGGCUUUUUCGGCUUUCCUUCGCUUGCUUGUGUCCGGAGCCGGACUGACUCUUUCAUCUUGCGCAGCCCCAAAGGGAGCAUAAACCAGGGACUUUGAUAUCAUGCAACAGAAGACCAAAUUAUUUCUCCGGGCUUUGAAGUAUAGUAUUCCUCACCUUGGGAAAUGCAUGCAGAAACAGCAUUUGAAUCACUGUAACCUCGCUGAUCCUUAUUACAAUAGAAUAAAAUUGAAAAAGUAUCGCCUAACCAAGUGUCUGCAGAAUAAACCCAAGAUAUCAGAGUUAGCAAGAAACAUCCCAAGUCGGAGCUUCUCGAGUAAGGAUCUUCUGCCUAUUAAACAAGAAAACGAAAAAUCCCUUUCAGAAGACAUGGAUGCCUUUGAAAAAGUGAGAACAAAAUUAGAAACACAACCACAAGAAGAGUAUGAAAUCAUCAAUGCAGAGGUUAAACAUGGCGGUUUUGUUUAUUAUCAAGAAGGAUGCUGCUUGGUUCGUUCCAAAGAUGAAGAAGCAGACAAUGAUAAUUAUGAAGUUUUAUUCAACUUAGAAGAACUUAAAUUAGACCAGCCAUUCAUUGAUUGUAUCAGAGUUGCUCCAGAUGAGAAGUACGUGGCCGCCAAGAUAAGAACUGAUGAUUCUGAAGCAUCGACCUGCAUAGUGAUAAAGCUGAGUGACCAGCCUGUCAUGGAAGCUUCUUUCCCAAAUGUGUCCAGCUUUGAAUGGGUGAAGGAUGAAGAAGAUGAAGACGUCUUGUUCUACACCUUCCAGAGAAACCUUCGCUGCCAUGAUGUGUAUCGAGCCACUUUUGGGGAAAACAGACGGAAUGAGCGCUUUUACACAGAAAAAGACCCAAGCUAUUUUGUUUUCCUUUACCUUACAAAAGACAGUCGUUUCCUCACCAUAAAUAUUAUGAACAAGAUCACCUCUGAGGUGUGGCUGAUAGAUGGCCAGAGCCCUUGGGACCCCCCCGUCCUUAUUCAGAAGCGAAUCUACGGGGUCCUCUACUACAUUGAACACAGAGAUGACGAGCUGUACAUCCUGACUAACGUUGGCGAGCCGACGGAGUUCAAGCUAAUGAGAACAGCAGCUGAUACCCCUGCUAUUAUGAACUGGGAUUUGUUUUUCACAAUGAAGAGAAACACCAAAGUUGUGGACUUGGACAUGUUCAAGGAUCACUGUGUUCUGUUCCUGAAGCACAGCAACCUACUUUAUGUUAACGUGAUUGGUCUGGCGGAUGACUCAGUGCGAUCACUGAAGCUCCCUCCUUGGGCCUGUGGAUUCAUAAUGGAUACGAACUCUGACCCGAAGAACUGCCCCUUUCAACUUUGCUCUCCAAUACGACCCCCAAAAUAUUACACUUACAAGUUUGCAGAAGGCAAGCUGUUUGAGGAGACCGGACAUGAAGACCCCAUCACAAAGACCAGUCGGGUCUUACGUCUGGAAGCCAAAAGCAAAGAUGGAAAAUUAGUGCCAAUGACUGUUUUUCACAAAACGGACUCCGAAGACUUACAGAAGAAACCUCUCUUGGUGCACGUGUACGGGGCCUAUGGAAUGGAUCUGAAAAUGAACUUCAGGCCUGAACGGCGGGUCCUGGUGGAUGAUGGAUGGAUACUAGCUUACUGCCACGUUCGGGGAGGCGGCGAGUUAGGCCUCCAGUGGCAUGCUGAUGGGCGCCUGACUAAAAAGCUCAAUGGCCUGGCUGACUUAGAGGCUUGCAUUGAGGCGCUUCAUGGCCAAGGCUUCUCUCAGCCGAGUCUAACAACCCUGAGUGCUUUCAGCGCUGGCGGGGUGCUUGCGGGCGCACUGUGCAACUCUAGUCCCGAGCUCCUGAGAGCUGUGACGUUAGAGGCACCUUUUGUGGACGUUCUCAAUACCAUGUUGGACAAGACUAUGCCCCUGACAGUAGAAGAAAUAGAGGAAUGGGGGAAUCCUUCAUGUGAUGAAAAAGAAAAGAACUACAUAAAACGUUACUGUCCUUAUCAAAAUAUUAAACCUCAGCAUUAUCCUUCAAUCCACAUCACAGCUUAUGAAAACGAUGAGCGUGUUCCUCUGAAGGGAAUUGUGAACUACACAGAGAAACUCAAGGAAGCUAUCAUGGAGUAUUCCAAGAGCGCGGGGGAAGCCUAUCAGACCCCCAGUGUUAUUUUAGAUAUUCAGCCCGGAGGGAGUCAUGUGAUUGAGGAUUCGCACAAAAAGAUUACAGCUCAGAUUAAAUUCCUGUAUGAAGAACUUGGACUUGACAGCACCAGUGUUUUCGAGAAUCUCAAAAAAUACCUAAAAUUCUGAAAUUCUACAUUCAGCUGGGGUUUGGAGCGGCACUGACCUAUUCCAUAGUCUUAUUUCCAGUUGGGUUAGCAAAA